UUUCGACCGAUCCUUAAAAACGUAUUUAUCUCUAUCUCCCUCUCUUUUUCUCUCUCUCUGACCUCUUCUAUUCUAUUUCUACCUGUCUUCCUUCGUGCUCGCCCUUCUCAUUUGGAGGGAGGAGGGGAGGACGAGGAAGGAGAGAGAGGAGGCCGCAGAAAUGGAAGCUCCACCGUAUCUUUACGGGAUUCCGUCCUCGGAUUUCUUGCACAUCGACGACCUGCUCGAUUUCUCCAACGAUGACAUCUUCGCCCCCCUGGAUGCCGACUCCCCACCAACCUCAAUGACGUUACCGGAGCCCGACGGAGACCAGCAGUCACCGGAAGCAGAUACCCACCAGAGCUUCCCGGACUGUCACGACGUUACAGACGAGCUCUGUGUUCCGAGCGACGACGUGGCGGAAUUGGAAUGGCUAUCGAACUUCGUGGAAGACUCGUUCUCCGCCACCGGCUACUCGUGCGCUCCGGCGGGAAGCUCCGGCGGCGGAGGGACGUGCUUCUGGCCGGACGCCGCCGUCCCCGGCCGGGCGAGGAGCAAGCGCUCGCGUGCAGCGGUCUGCGAUUGGACCAGUCGGAUAGUCACCUCUUCUGCAACCGGCUUUCCUCCCGGCCGCCAGCAGGAGACCGGCGCCAAGGGGAAGGUCGGCCGGAAGGCCGGGUCAGCGGGGUCGGCCUCCGAGGGAGUGGCCGGCCGGAAAUGCACCCACUGCGCGGCGGAGAAGACCCCACAGUGGAGAGCAGGACCCAUGGGUCCUAAAACCCUAUGCAACGCAUGCGGGGUCCGCUACAAAUCCGGCCGGUUGGUGCCGGAAUACAGGCCGGCGGCGAGCCCGACCUUCAUGAUAAGCCAGCACUCCAACUCCCACCGGAAAGUCAUGGAGCUCCGGCGCCAGAAGGAGAUGGUCCGGCAACAGAACCGUGACUUCUUCGGCCACGAACGGCAGCAGCAAGACUUCAGGGUGAUCUAAAUUACAGUUAGAACCGCUUAAUUACCCCUAAUCCCGAAUCAAGUUGCUUUAUGUAAAAUCUUUUCCUUCUAAUCUUAGGUUGGUUUUUCUUUCUCCUUCUCAGUCAGUCUAAUCAAGGGAAAAGAAAAAAAAAAAAUUAGUGCCUUUUUUCCCUUUUUGUGUUGGUGGGCAUAUUAAAUCAGAUUGUUGCAGAGAUUUUGUUA